AUGGGAGGUGACUUCCCCAACCUAACGUCAGAGUUGAUGGCCAAUUGGCCAUCAUCGAGUUCAUCGCCAGUCACAAGAGGGUGGUACUCUCCUUACGCUCUGGCGCUGGUUGUUUGCGCGACCGUCGUGCUAGUCAGCAGGCUUGACUCGCAGGUGAGGAAAAGUUAUCACGGAUUGGGGGUAGAUGAUGUUAUUGCCUGUAUCGCAUGGGCUUUCGCUGUUCUUUUUACUGCUUCAAGCAUUACAGGCGUAGUUGAUUACGGCUUCAAUCGACAUAUGUGGGAUGUACCAUCAGAAAGAUACAAUCGUGCUGCUUUGAUGGAAUGGAUCAGUGAAGCAGCCUUCACACUAAGCGUCGGCUUAACGAAAAUCUCGGUUCUCCUCUUCUAUCGUAGAUUGGAAUUACCAUGUGGCACAGGCUUGAAAUUGAUCAUGCACAUGCUCAUUGCCAUGACAGCCUCAAUUUCAUUUGGUUGCCUGAUGACCCAGGUGCUAUUGUGUCGACCAGCAUCCGCAUACUGGGACAUACCUGAUCCUACACGACCUGUAAAACGAUCUUGCACGCGCGAAGACAUCUUCUAUCUCGUGCAGGGAGUGCUGGAUGCCAUUUCAACAGUCUACUGCAUAGCGAUUCCAGUUCUUGUGCUGCGAAGCAGACCCAUGUCGAAAUUUCAGAGGACCGGUCUUCGGGCUGUUUCCUUUUCUGGCCUCCUUGUCCUAGGUGCAAGCAUAGCUAGGACUGUGUUUCUCACCCGCCUCGCAGGGAGUGGCAACGGCGAUGCAACCUGGAACGGGUACAAUGUUUUCAUUUGGGCACAACUUGAAUGCCAAUUAGCUCUCCUGUGCGCAUGCAUACCCUUCUUGCAACGCUACUUCAAACACUAUCCUGCCGCACCGAUCGUCUUUGUCGGCCAGACCAGCCAUUCGCGGAACGAUUCAGUGAUAUCUCGAGUUGGAAGUUCGCUGUCUGGCCAAAUCAAAAAGCUCCCUUUUGGGCGAAGCAACAGUCCGCGUAACCUUGAGAUAUCCAGGCCCCGACUACAACCAUCCCCUGUAGAAAUCCCAGAAUGGGAAUUUGAGCGAUUCGCAUCGCCGCAACCAGCUCAUUCACCGCUGGACGAGCAUACUUACCAUCGCUACUUGGCGGGCAACUACGGUCCACCGGUACCGCCAAAAGACAGCCGGGUCAUCUUCGACGAGUAUCGUCGGGAACAUGGAGAGAUCCGAUGA